ACAACAAUGCCAAUUUCCGGUUAGCGGUUAAGAGAACGAUCUAUAACCAGUGUGGUUGACGUUAUACAUUUAGCGGGAUACAUAAACUGAAAAUAGAGAAAGAAAUGGAUUUGAAUAGAUACUGAAUUCAUCGUGUGUUUGUAGUAUAUGCCAGUUUAAGAUUUAUAAACAGUUAAAAAUCUAUUGCAAUGGAGACUAUUACGGCUCGACGGGAGAUGAAUGGGAUGACAAAAGUGGACAUGGAAGAGUAUUUUGACGAUGUUGAAGUCGAAUCUCUGUAUAGCUGGAUAGAUAGAAUACCUCUGUCAAGGCCAAAGAAAAAUAUUUCAAAAGAUUUUGCCGAUGCAGUUCUGGCUGCCGAAAUAAUUAAACAUUAUUUUCCACGAAUGGUUGACGUUCAUAAUUACACUCCGGCAGCAUCAACUAAACAGAGAUUAGAGAACUGGUAUUUACUAAAUAGACGCGUCCUCAGGCGGUUAGAAUUGGACCUAUCGGAUGAUGUACUUAGAGCUCUUGCAAACGCUAAACCUAAGGUGAUCGAGAGAGUACUAAUGUUAAUGCGGCUACAGAUAGAUAAGUUUCUAGAGAAAACAGGUAGGGAUUCGCUGUGGCGGAGGCGCGAGCUGUAUUACCAAAAUCCCGACCCAGUGUUAAGGCUUCAGCUCAAUACACCACCGUCUCACCCUAAUACCCCACCAGGUAUGAAAUCACCAAGAGUCGGGCAAGUUUCAGAUAGGUCGAAUUCACCUAAUAGGCUGACGAAAUCUGAGGGAGGGGCCUCACCACGCAAAUAUAACAAGGGUGAAGUCCCACACGGACAUCCAGAUAGAACAAUCUCCCAUUUGAGUAGGCGAGAUUUAGAGACCUGGGACCCACGAUGGUUCAGGUCGUAUUUUGCGGACAAACCGUUGCCGUUUGUACCCAAGGCGUUCCUACCACCAGUGACAGACAAUAUACCUCGUGUGUUGUACGAGGAAAAAGAGAUGGAGUGUCAGGCAAAGGAAGAAACAAUACAGAUACUCAAUGCCAAGAUACGUCGAUUGGAACAUCUGCUGCACUUAAAAGAUGUGAGAAUAGAAGACUUACACUCCACCCUGCAACAUAGCAUAGGCCUCGGAUACUCCACUAGGAAGAGAUAAUUACCUCCAUGUUAACAACAUACAUAUUGUAUAUUAGCAUAGACAUCUUUUGUUUCUACACCUAUUUUUCCACAUUGUUAAAGAAUCUGUGAUAUUUUUAUUAGUCGCGACGUCUUUUGCACCGUCUUCAUAAUAUAUGCUAGGACAUUCUUUAAGAUAAGGCUUACAACAAUAUUGAUGAAAUAGACAUGUAAAACAACUGAUAUGAAACAAAUGAUUCUGCAAGAAAGCAUUUGUUAUAGAAAACAGUCGUUGACACAUCAGAUUGUAUAGACCCCACAUUUACAUAUAGCAGAGCUUGAGAUCUGUGAUCAGAGCUGAUGACUUAAGUUUUACGGAAACUAGGGCUCUAUGGCUUGUAUGUUUUAGAUUUGGGUGUCUUGGAUUUGAGAUCCCGAAAUUACUUGCUAUCAGUCCGAAUAUACCUCAUAUUUAUUUCUGAAGUUCAGUAUUUUUUUAAGAAGCCAUACCGGUAUCUGAUCUUUGAUCUUGAUUUUGGCAAGACUGUUGCAAAACUAGUAAAGAAUUAAGAUGUGUCAUUGUCUUCUUUUGUAUGGUAAUUCUUUUAUGUCUCAUUCUGGGACGUUGCGACAAAAUUAUAUGUAUACAUACAUUAAAAUUUAUCGACAUUCUAAUGUAUAUCCACCAUGUAUGGAAGCAAUUCGAAGCUUUAUUCUGUGCAAACGAAAUGUUCAAAGUUUGUUUAUUAAUUGUUCAUUGUUGCAUGUUAACCACUCUUUUCAUUAUACUAAAACAAGAUACCUUUAUACGUAAAUUAAUCUAAAGCUUUCGUCCAUUGUGUUCCUUCAUAUUAACAGUAGAUCUCGUACUAAUAUACUUCCAUGACUGUGACUGGUCUGCUGUAUUUUGCUCUAGAUGUAAACUGUAUGCAUGGCAUAUUUUUGUAUUGCCACAUAUGUUCCCUCGGUGUGUAUUAAAAUCAUAAUAUAAGCAUAAUAUGAAUUUAUUUAAAAAUUUAACGAUCAAAUGUCCGUACUUUGCCAAAAAGAACUUAUAACAUGAUAUUUAAAGAUGCUGUUGCUUUAAGGACUCUUAUCACAACGGCAUUAAGAAUUCAUGCAAGACUUUUUUUCAGUAUCUUAUCAUUGUCGCUUGCAAGCAACUUGUUGAUAAGCGAUGAGAAAAAAAACUGAGAUAUGACGAUAAAUGUCUUGUUGUUGGUUAUAGGAUGUUGUAACAGAAUUGUUCGUCUGUCUGCUUUUCCGUUUCGGUUUCGUAAACAGAAUGUGACGAUUUAAAGGUAGAGGAAUUGUACAAAUAGAAAUAGGUAAAUUCUUCAUUGCAGAAAUCAGACAUUGUAGCUUAAGGAGUGCAUGCUAUAUUGAAACACUUAAAAGAUAUUUUUCUGAAUUGCACUAGCGCUAAUCAGCGAGAUGCUUUAGCUAAUUACACGUCGGCCAUUUAUUAUGACGGUACAGAUGAUGUCAUAAGUGAUGUUAUAAGUUGGGUAGAAGAUUAUAUAUACUAAGAAGUAUGUAUUUCAACAUUUAACAAAUUUUGAGAAAAAAAAAUCUAACUAAAUCAUUCCUUAAUCUAGUCACUAGUCUUAUCAUUAACUCAUUAUCUCCCUUUGCCUUCUUUGCUAUUUGUACUUCCAUUUUUCUCAUUCGGUGUAUAUCUUCUUGUUAUCUCCCGUUUCGAAUCGUUGCCUCUCUUUGUAUUCAUCAUUUUGUGACGUGUCUUGUCAUUUUUGUUUUCAUAUGUAAUACUCAAUAAACGUAACACUGGAUUAUAGGUCCAUUCUUUUAUGAUGUUAGGUAUCUUUUGUUUAUUUUAUCACAUGUUUCAUUAAUAUAGAUAAUGAUGUAGAUGUUUUUACUUUAUCUAAUAUUUGAACAACUUUGAGAAACUUGCCGUGGAUACAUCCUGACAAGACGUUGUAUUCUGUAUAUCACCUUUGGCAAUGCUAUUUUUACAGAGUUUUGCAAAAUAUUGUAUAGUGCAGAAUGCGUUUUAUGUUUUAUACUGGACAUUUAUGAUGCACUUUGUAGCUGUGAUACGGUAUAUCGACAUUCGGCGAUUUCCGUUGGAUUACGCAUUUUCUGCAUGCGACUUUUCGGUAUUCCUCGGGUGAUACGGAAAGCCAUGUAUUCGUUAAGACCGAAAAAAGCCGAAGAAGCAUGCGGCAACUCAUAAUUGAACGGAAAUGGCCGAUGGUCAUUAUGGAUGCACUUCCUUAACUGUGAUAUGGAAUAAGGACAAUGUAUAUAGAUGAUGUUUGAAAAACAAUCAAAUGUAAAAUGCAUAAUUGUUGUUAUACAAACACAUUUUAUUACCUAUAAACGUGUUUUAGAUACAUGUAAUCACUGGCUUUCGUAUGUGUUUAAAUUUUAUUUUUUGUUACGUAUUGUGCAAAAAAAAAAUCAAGUGUAUAUUGUUUUUAAAUGAACUAGGAGAGUAUUGAAACAAAACGAAACAAAUUAAAACUAAAAUUAUGAUACUUUGGUUUUGAACUUUUCUGUAUAAAUAUAGUAUUUAUUUAUAACUUAGUUGCUACAAACUGCCAAAAAAAAAGUCGGAUAAGUAACUUGUGUUUAAUGUACAUAAUAUUUAUGUAAUAUACGUUUCUUUAAAUCAUUUAACCCUCAUUUUAUAUUAUAAGAAAAUUGUUUCAGUAAACAAAAAAAAAUGUUUCUCUUACAAAAUAUUCAAAUUUGUAAUCAGUAGACCUUGCCCAAUGGGUGGGGAUUUAAAAUAUGUGCAACCUAUAAAUCCAAUAAACGUGACGUAAUGAUUAUGCUGGUGACGUCAUGUAUCCUGUAUUCGAUUACCGUAAGUUUAUAUUAUGAGUUAUUCCAUUUCUUUAGUUGGCAAAGUCAAGCAAUCAAAAUUCUAACAUAUUGUUAUAUAUAAAAAUGUUUUUUUUCUAUGUACAUAAUAUAGAAUUUUAUUUUUGUAUUUAUGAGACUUAAGUCAUGUUUUGUACCAUAAUUAUUGAGAAUAAUAAAGUAAUAGAGUAAGACAUUA